ACAGGAAAACCAAGCGAAUCGUCCGGGCCAUUUUCAGCAUUUUAGUGAGCCGUAAGAACGUGACAGCUCCAAAAUGAAGCUACUUUUCGUUGUUUUGGUUGUUUUUUAUAUUGUGGCUGUAACCCUCCUCGGAGUCGACGGACGUGGUGGGGGCACCACAAACGGAGUAGAGGAACCAAAGUUCGUGGGGCUAUUCAAGCGGUCUCGUCGUAAUGCCCUGGUGAACAAUGAGGGUCCACCACCAACUGCAAAGUUCAGGCAACGACGUCAGGCUCCACCCGGAAUGCCGCCCCCACCGGAGGGUCUCCCACCACCUCCCAGUUUCCUCGUCUAAAUAUUCCUGAAUGUAUAGCAUAGUGUUGGGCGUUUGUGCAUGUAAAUGGGAACCACAUCGAAGCUAAUAAAACUAGUUUGAAGCAUUCCAAAAAGUA